UGCCGCCCGGCCAAUGGGCUGCUGGGACCGAGCGUCUCGCGGGAUUCCCGGGCUGCGCGGCCGCGGUGACGGCGCUGCGGGGCGGACGGAGCGGACGCCAUGUUCCGAGCGGCGGCCACAGCUCGGCUCCGGCGGGCGGCCUCACUGCUACGAUUUCAGAGUACCCUGGUAAUAGCCGAGCAUGCAAAUGAUACCCUAGCACCCAUUACAUUAAAUACCAUCACUGCAGCCAAACAUCUUGGAGGUGAAGUGUCUUGCUUAGUAGCUGGAACCAAAUGUGACAAGGUGGCACAAGAUCUCUGCAAAGUAGCAGGUGUAGCCAAAGUUCUGGUGGCCCAGCAUGAUACAUACAAAGGCCUCCUUCCAGAGGAACUGACGCCAUUGAUUUUGGCAACUCAGAAGCAGUUCAGUUACACACACAUCUGUGCUGGAGCAUCUGCCUUUGGAAAGAACCUUUUGCCCAGAAUAGCAGCCAAACUUGAUGUUGCCCCAAUUUCUGACAUCAUUGCAAUCAAGUCUCCUGACACAUUUGUGAGAACUAUUUAUGCAGGCAAUGCUAUAUGUACAGUGAAGUGCGAUGAGACCGUGAAGGUGUUUUCUGUCCGAGGAACAUCUUUUGAAGCUGCAGCAACAAGUGGAGGUAGUGCCAGUUCAGAAAAGGCAUCAAGUACUUCCUCAGUGGGGAUAGCAGAAUGGCUUGACCAGAAAUUAACAAAAAGUGAUCGACCAGAGCUAACUGGUGCCAAAGUGGUAGUAUCUGGUGGUCGGGGUUUGAAGAGUGGAGAGAACUUUAAGUUGUUAUAUGAUUUGGCAGAUCAACUACAUGCUGCAGUUGGUGCUUCUCGUGCUGCUGUUGAUGCUGGCUUUGUUCCCAAUGACAUGCAAGUUGGACAGACGGGAAAAAUAGUAGCACCAGAGCUUUACAUUGCUGUAGGAAUAUCUGGAGCCAUCCAACAUUUAGCUGGGAUGAAAGACAGCAAGACAAUUGUGGCUAUUAACAAAGACCCAGAAGCUCCGAUUUUUCAAGUGGCAGAUUAUGGAAUUGUCGCAGAUUUAUUUAAGGUAGUUCCUGAAAUGACUGAGCUAUUGAAGAAGAAAUGAGUUCUCAUGUUUUAAGAAGGAAAAUAUGUCAAAGUAUUCAACUGAACAGAAAUUCAUGGUUAUCAUAGUGACCGUUGGAAACCUUGGAGAGCUACAUAUCAUAAUUCGAGAAAAAGUUCUCACAGAUGCCAGAAUGCUUUUUUAUGAGCCUCUUAUUACAUUUCUUUUAAUUAUUUGUGGUUCCAAGCAAUUAUUUUUGAGAUUUUGCUAAAAAGUAAUAAUAAAGAUUUUCUAAUUCUGGAAUAAAAUAUAUAAUAAAACAUUUCCAUAGCUUUAGAACUACUACCA